CCCGUUUGAUGACAGGACUAGCUACAUACCACAAGAUCCCAUUCUCACGCAUUCAUUUUCAACAUACUCAUUAACCUUCUUCCUCCCUGUUCAUAUUGAUCCCUCAGUUUAUCUCCCUUCAAAGCCAUGAUACAAUCACGCGUCAAGUCAAUCAUCUUCGAUAUUGGUGAUGUUAUAUGCAGCUGGUCGCCGCCUGCAGAUCUUGCCAUCCAACCCAAGCUUCUCAAAGAAUUCCGCGCGUCAACUAUCUGGCACGAGUACAACCGUGGCUGUAUCGGACAAGAUGAAUGCUACUCGCGCUUGGCCUGUCGCUACGGAGUUUCCGCCAAGGAUAUAACCACUGCUUUCGACAUGGCUAGAGAGUCGCAAGAGCAGAACAAUAAUGUUGUAGCCACGAUCAAGGAACUGAAAGCGUCUCACCCAGACCUCUGCAUAUACGCCAUGUCCAACAUUUCAAAGCCGGACUGGGAAAUUUUGCACAGCAAAGCUUUUGAUUGGGACAUCUUUGACCGCGUUUUCACUUCCUGUGAUGCUGGUAUGUGUAAACCAGAGCUCAGAUUCUAUCGACACGUCUUAGCCCAAACAAAGGCCACGGCAUGCCAGACUGUUUUUGUUGAUGACAAAGCUGAGAAUAUUCUUGCUGCAAAGUCGGUGGGGUUUCACGAAGCCAUUGUGUUUGACACGGCCGAAAACGUGCGCAGAAAACUUUUGAGUCUGCUCGGUGAUCCUAUCACAAGGGGAAGAGAGUGGCUGUGUGGGCAUGCCACAAAGCUCUACUCGGAAACCAGCACAGGAGUGAUGGUGCAGGACAAUUUUGGACAGUUGCUAACAUAUGAAGUUACUAGAGACAUGAGCCUCAUGAAUCUGAAGUAUUCUGAUCAAAGUUGGAAUUAUUUUAUUGGAUCUCCUUUUGGAACGGAUCAAGUCUACCCGGAUGAUGUUGACACUACGUCCUGCGCUUUCAAGCUGCUGCCUUUGAGCUCCGUGACUGCUCAGUCCAUAAUGGACAAAAUGGUUUCACCCGAGAUGAAAACCCCUGAUGGGAUUGUCAAGGUCUACUUUGACAAGAAUCGCGAUCGGACAGAUCCAGCUGUGUGCAUUAAUGUUGUACGUAUGUUUUACCAAUAUGGGCGCGGUAUGGAUAGCGAUCUUCAAGCUACGAAAGAUUGGAUUCAAGACGUCCUCUUCUACAGAGCAUACAGUAGUGGGACAAGGUAUUAUCAACAGCCUGAUGUGUUCUUGUAUUUCUUCGCACGCCUACUACUGGAAAACCCUCAUUCUGACAUACAUCGCAACACCGCCUCACUACUUCGGGAGCGUCUGAAGGAGCGCAUCAACACCGAGGCCGACUCCAUGGGCCUAGCAAUGAGGAUACUGGCUUGCCACUUUGUCGGAUUGAGAGACGAGGCCGACCUGCAGCGGCUGCUAAAGACGCAACUGGCAGAUGGGUCAUUCGAGAUUGGCUGGUUAUGUCAGUACGGCAAGUCGAAAGUCAAGCUGGGCCAUCAAGGACUUACGACAGCGCUGGCUGUAGCAGCUAUACAAGCAGUCAGAGGACCAAAUUAGUACUGAAAUUGUGGAUAGUGUGGAUCAAUAUUCAUGAUAUUGUAAAUAUGAACACAAGACUCCCUGCGGACUCAUUCGCUAGAUAGUGAAAUCUGGGGAAAAUUAGGAAAAGUUCA